ACUCGUAGAGAGAGAGAGAGAGAGAGAGAAUAGUUAUGGAAGAAGGGAGAGAGAGAGUGGUAGAGUCGUUUAUAGGGAUCGCGUCCUCAUCUAGAGAGGAAGCCCUGUUCUUCUUGGAGAGCCAUAACUGGGAUUUGGACUCCGCGAUUCUCUCCUUUUUCGAAAACAACAACAAUCCUUCUUCUCCUCUUCCUGUUUCUUCUGCUGCUGUUGAAACGAAGGCAGUAAUGGCGUCGUCUUCUGGUGACAAGAAGAAGCCCUCAAAAGCUUCUGCUUUUCGGGGCUCCAUUCGUACCCUCUCUGACAUCAAUCGCCCUGGUUCUGACACUGAAUCUGAUGGCCCUCCUGAGUAUUACACUGGCGGAGAAAAGAGUGGUAUGCUUGUGCAAGAUCCCACUAAGGGUGGUGAUGAUGUGGAUGCUAUAUUCGAUCAGGCAAGACGUUUAGGAGCUUUGGACGGACCUGUUGACCAACUUCGCCCAUCUUCAAGCUCAAGAAGUUUUACAGGGACUGCGAGACUGCUCACUGGGGAAACUGUACAAACUGCCCCUCUGCCACCUGAGUCUGUGGUUCAUAACAUUACUUUCUGGAGUAAUGGAUUCACUGUUGAUGAUGGUCCUUUAAGGAGCUUAAAUGAUCCUCAAAAUGCUUCAUUUUUGGAGAGUAUCCGGAACUCAGAGUGCCCAAAAGAGUUGGAACCUGCAGACAGGAGGACCACUGUCCAUGUCAACCUCAGCAGAAGGAAUGAGGACUAUGCUCAGGAACCUCAGAAAUGCCCCACCCCAUUCCAAGGGACAGGGAGGACCCUCAGUGGGACCCACACAUCCUCGGAAACCUCGGCCUCUCUUCCUUCGAACCCUAUUUCCUCUGCUGCUAGCACACCAACACGAGGCCUUACUGUGGAUGAAUCUAAGCCGUCGACCUCUAUUCAGCUGCGUCUCUCUGAUGGGACCCGCAUGGUGGCACAAUUUAAUUACCACCACACGAUUGCUGACAUCCGAGCCUUUCUAGAUGCCGCGAGGCCUGGGGGUCGCUCAACAUAUCAGUUGCAAGCUGUGGGCUUUCCACCAAAGCCACUGACUGAUCCCACACAGACCAUUGAGCAGGCUGGACUCGCCAAUUCAGUUGUGCUUCAGAAACUAUGAUUUUGUUGAAUGAUUGGUCUGCUUUAUGCUGGUGAGAUUGAUUAAGUGAAGGACUUUGUUGAGGUUGCUCCGAAAUUGGCAAAAUAGUUUGAAUGUGGUAAAAUAUUGGGCAAAACGACCCUAGAAAGUUUCUUUGAAGGUGUUUGCUACCAGGUGGUCAAACUAUCUUCCCCCUUCUCAUCAAGACGUAUUUUGGAAUCUGGUAUAGUAUACUCUUGAUGCUAAUCUGUGUGCGAGCAUGUAUGUACUAGUUUAAAGAUUUUGGAUGCUUUUCUCUAUGCAUGGGGACUAAGCAUCCAUAAUUAGAACCCGAUGAAUUCAGAUGCUGAAAUCCGUUCCUGUUCAUUUUUAGUUUGGUGAACAAGUGCAAAAGAUUGCGU